AAUGAUAACAAAAGAGGGAGAUGCAGAGUACAAGAGGUCGCCAUUUUCAAGGACCCAGAAGGAAAGCAAGAUGAAGCAGAGCCUUAAACAAAGCGAACCAGUAGAGAGAGAAAGGGUUUGUUUAAUCUGAAGGAGAGAGAGAGAGAGAGAGAGAGAGAGAGAGAGAAAGAAAGCUCUGUUCUGUGUUUUGUGUGUUUGAGAGAAGAAGUUGUCUGGAGAUUGUAGGGGAAGAUAGGGAACACUGCUUCAGCAUUUGGUCUCUCUCUAACUCAGCAAAACCAAACCAUUUCUUUUCUUCUUUGUCCAUUUGCUUUUCCGGCGACUUUGCCGGAAUCCCUCCCCGGGGUUCCACCGUUGUUCACCUCCUUCUUCUUCUUCUACGCCAUCGUCUUUAUUUUUUCUUUCACUCUUUUUUGGUUUAGGGUGGCUGAUCGGUCAGUAAAGCUGACUUUUCCCGCAACUUUUGGUUUUUCGAUCUGUUUUUUUUUUUAAGCUACUGGAAGUUUAAGUUUCGUUUCGCCGGAGAAGAUGAACCAGUGAGUUUUCUGUGGGUGGUUUUUCUUUUACAUCUAAUUCAAUAGCCUGUGGAACUUGGCGUACGGCGGAAAGCAAUGAAGACGCCGGCGAAUGGUGCCGCCGCCGUGCCUAAUUCUAGCGAAGGUGGAUUGGAGAAGAAGAUCAUAAAUCCGGAGUUAUGGCAAGCGUGCGCCGGUCCACUGGCGAACCUACCACCGGCCGGUUACCACGUAGUGUAUUUUCCUCAAGGCCACAGCGAACAGGUUGCAGCAUCCUUGAAGAAAGAUGUGGAUGGCCAAGUCCCAAACUACCCAAAUCUUCCUUCCAAGUUACUAUGUUUGCUUCAUAAUGUAACAUUACAUGCCGACCCGGAAACGGAUGAAGUAUAUGCACAAAUGACACUAUUACCGGUUCCUUCUUUUGACAAGGAUGCAUUGUUGAGAUCAGAUCUAGCUCUGAAAUCUAAUAAGCCUCAGCCAGAGUUCUUCUGUAAAACGUUGACUGCAAGUGACACGAGCACUCAUGGCGGGUUCUCCGUGCCACGCCGUGCUGCAGAGAAGAUCUUCCCCCCUCUUGAUUUCUCUAUGCAACCACCUGCACAAGAGCUUGUUGCUAAGGAUUUGCAUGAUAAUGUAUGGACUUUCCGUCACAUAUAUCGAGGACAACCAAAACGCCAUUUACUAACAACUGGUUGGAGCUUGUUUGUUAGUGGAAAGAGACUUCUUGCUGGUGAUUCAGUUUUGUUCAUAAGAGAUGAAAAGCAACAGCUUCUAUUGGGCAUCAGGCGAGCAAACAGGCAACCAACCAACUUAUCAUCAUCAGUGUUGUCAACUGAUAGUAUGCAUAUUGGUAUUCUUGCAGCAGCUGCCCAUGCUGCUGCAAACAAUAGCCCUUUCACCGUCUUCUACAACCCGAGGGCAAGUCCUUCAGAAUUUGUUGUUCCUCUUGCCAAAUAUUACAAGGCAGUGUCUGCUAACCAAAUAUCACUCGGUAUGCGCUUCAGAAUGAUGUUUGAGACAGAAGAGUCUGGAACUAGAAGGUAUAUGGGUACUAUCACAGGUAUAAGUGAUCUUGAUUCUGUCAGAUGGAAGGGCUCACAAUGGCGUAAUCUACAGGUCGGGUGGGACGAGUCAACUGGAGGAGAACGACGAAAUCGAGUCUCGAUAUGGGAGAUCGAGCCAGUUAUUGCUCCAUUUUUCAUUUGCCCCCCUCCUUUUUUGAGAUCAAAACGUCCGAGGCAACCAGGAAUGCCAGAUGAUGACUCCUCCGAUUUAGAUGGUAUAUGUAAAAGAACAAUGUUUGGGGACGAUUUUUGCAUGAAAGAUCCACAGGGAUAUCCAGGCCUAAACUUAGUUCAAUGGAUGAAUAUGCAAAACCCUUCACUUUCUAAUGCAAUGCAGCCAAGUUACAUGCAUUCAUUUUCGGGGUCUAUGCUUCCGAACCUUGGCGGAGUCGAUAUUUCUCGACAACUUGGCUUGUCGAACACACAAAUUCCUCAAUCAAACAACAUACAGUUCAAUGCACAAAGGCUUCUUUCUCAAGCUCAGCAGUUGGAUCAGCUACCUAAACUACCGUCAAGUAUGAACUCAUUGGGGUCUGUUGUGCAGCCAUCUCAGCAGUUGGAUGAUAUGUCUCAGCAGACCCGUCCGAAUUUGAUUAACCAAAACGCGGUCUCGAGUCAGAUUCAAGCUCAAAUAAUGCAGCAGCAGCAACCUCACACUAAUGGGAUCGUACUGCAGCAAAACCAGCAGCUUCAGAGAAGCCUCCCUCAGAAUCAACCACAGACUAUGAAUCAGUCCUCGCUCCCGGAACCGAUGAUCCAUCAUUUGCAAAUGUCGGAUAAUCAGGUUCCGAUGCAGAUGUUGCAGAAGCUUCAGCAGCAGCAGCAGCAAUCACUUUUGGCUCAGCAGUCUGUUGUUCUUCAGCCUUCUCAACUACCGGAACAGUUGAGACAGUCGGUGGAUGCGUCGUUUUCCCGGUCCAUGUCGUCUAACCAAAUGCUCGACAUUCCUCAAUCCACCCCAGCUGCAGUCCCUCCAUCAAACGUGUCACCACAGCAGGCAGCGAAGAGCAAUGGCACGACAAAUAAUCGUUUCUCAAAUCAGCAUUUGCAACCGAAACUUCCACAACUACAUCAACCACCUCCAUCUACUGUACUUUCUGAUAUGUCUAGACCAGUAGGACUCCCUCCUACUCAAACAUACAAUCAGCUCUCUGCAGCUACUAGCAGCGUAAUAACCGGAGCAGCAGCGGCUGGCCAAUCUGGAAUCACUGAUGACAUACCAUCUUGCUCCACGUCACCGUCCACGAACAACGGCCCGAGUUUGAUUCAGCCAGUAAACAAUGGAAGGGUUCAUCGAAGCACGGGAUUGGUUGAGGAUGUUGCUCAAUCUUCUGCUACAAUAUUCAGUACAAAUACCUUGACUGCUGUUAAACCUUCACUGAAUAUUUCCAAGAAUCAAAGCCAUGCGAUUUUCGCACAACAAACGUUCUUGAGUGGCGUCGUUUCGCAGACCGAUUUCUUGGACACGUCUUCCUCAACGACCUCGGCUUGCCUUUCACAGAACGAGGCUCAGUUGCAGCAGAAUAACGUGAUGUCUUUCAACUCACAGCCAAUGUUGUUUAGAGAUAGUACUCAGGAUUUGGAAGUACCAACCGAUCUCCAUAACAUUCCGUAUGGGACGAAUGUCGAUGGACCAUUGGUAACGCAGUUAAACUCCGAUCCUUUGUUAAACAAAGGCAUUGGAGAGUUAGGGAAGGACUUCUCCAAUAACUUUUCUUCUGGGGCUAUGCUCACCACGUAUGAUGCACAGAAAGAUCCUCAACAGGAAAUUUCUUCCUCUAUAGUUUCCCAGUCAUUCGGUAUUCCAGACAUGACGUUUAAUUCUAUGGAUUCAGCGAUGAACGAUAACGCGUUCUUGAAUCGAAACCAAUGGGCUCCUCCGCCUCCGUUCCAGCGUAUGCGAACCUACACGAAGGUUUACAAACGUGGAGCUGUUGGGAGAUCAAUUGAUAUCACCAGUUACACAGGUUACGACGAGCUUAAACAAGACCUUGCCCGUCGGUUCGGCAUCGAGGGACAAUUAGAGGACAGGCAAAAAAUAGGCUGGAAACUCGUUUACGUCGAUCAUGAAAACGACGUUUUACUUGUAGGCGACGACCCGUGGGAGGACUUCGUGAACUGCGUACGGAGCAUCAAGAUCCUCUCCCCACAGGAAGUCCAACAAAUGAGCUUGGAUGGCGAUUUCGGGAACGGUGUCCUACUGAACCAAGCCUGCAGUAGCUCAGAUGGUGGAAAUGCUUAAUAAACACACUACCUAAAUGCUAACAUUCCCUUCUUUUGGUAGCUGAUUCUUAUAAUUUUUAGCUCAAAGUUGGUUCAUAGCUCAGCAAGGCUAUGAUUUCCCAGCAAUGGCGGAGAUAUAUAUAGCCAGCCCCAACACUCAGCAAUGGGCUUUAGCCAUUGUCUGGUUAAAUUUUCUUGGACUUCUAAGCUUAGACAACUUCAAAAACAGAGUUGAGAAGACGUUGAAGUGGAGAGAAAAGUGAAGCUUCAUCCAGGUUUCGAGUUGUCGUGUCGAUAUUAUUUGCCAAUGUGAUUAUAGUUUAUGAUAUCGUCGCCAUUGUUGUCACCGAGGUUGAUAUCAUUUGCCACGCCAUAUUGUUAUAUUAUUGUGAUGAUGCAGUUUAGGUAGCAAACGUAUGAAACUUUGUAUCCUUAGUUUUGCAUGUAAAAUAGAAAAGAUGUGCAGAUUUUCUUUCCCAGUCUAA